CUCAAAAAGACUAACAUUUUCUUCCGUAGAAAUUUACAACACAAACACAAAAGCUCUGCGUAUGGGCCCACACACCUCUACCAUAUACUGUCGCAACUCUCACGUAUUCUUCUUCCUCUUCUGCCAAACAAGGACAUCGACACCACCAACAACAACGUUGUAAAAGUUCUCCCUUUCACUUUCCCAAAAUCGCAUAAUAACCCUCUCUCUCUUCUUUCUGUCACUUUUUCUCAGUCUUUAAUGGCUGCCCGCAUAAAAAUUCCGCGUUAAACAAUCGUGGGUCGGUGGAAGUUAGCAUUUUUCUUAUCUUUUUGGUUGUCAAAAAGAUACCCACUGAGAAAAGUCUUGUUUUUUUUUUCUUCUUUGGGGUAAAACUUGCUAGCAGUUUCAACCCCAACCAUUGUUCUGUUGUGAGAUUAGAUUGUAUCUUACCAAGUCAUUCUUUUUUCUUUCUUUAUUUUUAACUGGGGCUGAGGGAGAGUUUUGGUGAUGGAGAUUGGGUUCUGUUUUGGUGUGGAGUUUCAGUGAAAAUGCUGUGCAAGAGUUUGCAGAAUAGUGGAAGUUUUGGGGGGACAACUCCAUGGUGACGUGUUUUUGUUGUUAACUGUGGCUUGGAUGCUUCUGCACUGUGGUGGUUCAGUGGCGGAAGAAGAUAAAUGCACUGUUGAUUUUAUUCAUGAUUCUCUUAUGCAGCAAUUAUGGAGCUCUGCUUGAAUCAGUGAUUGUGGGAUAUGGAUUUGACAGUUCUGGGGCCAAGAUUUUGUGUGUUUGAAGCUUUUAUAUAUUAUCAAACUUUUUCAAUACGUUUAAUCAUUCAACUUUCUUUUUCCUCUGUUGGAAGAAAGGGAGGAUUCACUGAAUAAGGGUGGCUAGGUGUCUCCAUUCCCCCUCCCUUUUUUUUUUCCUUUACGGGAAGAGUGGACUGGAAUUUUCAGCUUUUUUUGUAGAACCUGUUCUUCACUAUGGUCCAUGCAUGAAGAAAGAAGGCAUUGAUACCUUUCCCUCCAAAGAAAUCUUAUAUUGCUUCUGUGAGAUUCACUCAGUUGAGAAACUUGUAGGAGUGAGAGUCUAAAAGAACCUGAAUAAUAGCUUUCUGUGCUGUAAGAGGAGUUCAUGAUUCAGAUGAUCAAUCCUGUGACUCCGUUUCUUUUUCUUUGGCGAAACUGUGGAGUUGUGCUAGAGCCAUCAAUCAAGUCACGCAAGAUUAUAACUAUGAGGAGUUUUGUAUGAACAUAGGCAACAUAAGAUCAAUAUUGCGUUAUUAGCAUCCUGAGAAAAGGAAAAAGAGGAAAGAAGGAAGUCAACUGUGGCAAUCGUUAUGGCUAAGAGGUCACAAAGAUUCCCUGUGAAUUAUGAGAAAGACCAGUCAGGAUGUAUGUGGGGUUUUAUUAGUAUAUUUGAUUUUCGUCAUGCUCGAUUUACUCGGAAGUUGAUAGCAGAUAAGAGGCAUGCAAGCAAGCAUGCUUUUGGUGCGGCUGCACUUACCAAGAACAAGUUUGAAGUGCUGAGCAAUUUGGAUGAAAACUAUGAAGGCAAUUUUGACAGGGGAGAGAGUAAGAGACUAACACUGACAACUGAUGCUGAAAAGCUUAGUGUGAAGAAACUUAUAGAAGAAGAAAUGAUCACUGACCAAGAUGAAAUAAAGGAUCAAGGUAACGCGGAAAUGGAAUCAAAGCAAUCCAGAUUAGGGUGUAACGACCCCCAGAAGAAAGAUUCCAAAAGAAAGAAGAAAUCUCGCAAGAAAAGCCAUGAUUUGAAUUCAGAUGCAACCUUGAAAUCAGAGUUUUCACAUAAGCAGCAUUCAAGGGAGCAGUCAAAAGAUACUAUAGAUUUGGAAAAAAUAAUGGAUGAUUUUUGUCAUGUUGAAGCUGCUUGUUCCAUGAUGUUUGACAAUGAUGGCAAAAUUGAAGCGCAGUCAAACCAAAAGAAUGUUAUGUCUGAAAACCUUGCUAAUGCAAUCCAUGAAUUUAUGAACCAGAUGAAAUUGAAUGGGAAAGAUCUGCAUGAAGAUGGACAAUUCCUCAGCUCACGUGAACUCAUGGAAGCACUUCAGGUUAUAAGUUCAGAUAAGCAAUUGUUCCUUAAACUUUUACAAGAUCCAAAUUCGCACUUGCUGAAGUACAUUCAGGAGUUGGAAAAUGCUCCAGGGAGAGAUGGCAAAGAAUGCAGUUCACUUACUGCCUCCAACCGCUCUGAACUAGAACUUGUUAGUCUAAAACAAACUAGGGAGAAUACCAACCGAAAGCAUCUUAACUUUUUCAGGAAAAGGGGGAAGUCUCAAUCAAAAGAUCUGACAAAUGAAAAUGGGAAAACUGAGUUUUCAAAUAGAAUUGUCAUUCUGAAACCUGCACUAACAGGCAUGCAAAUUUCUGAAAGUGAAAACAACCUUGCCUCAUUGCUAGAUUCUCGUGAUGUUGCCCCUUACAAAGGUCCUUCUGUGAGAGUUGGUUCUCAUUUUUCUCUUACAGAGAUAAAAAGGAAACUGAAACAUGCCAUGGGCAAGGAGAGGCAUGGAAACCCUGAAGUAGUCCCACGAAAGCUCCCUGUUGAACGUCAAAAUAAGUUGCAAAGAGGCAAAUGCAAAGAUAAUGCUGGAAUGAGAUCUCCUAAUAAAGAUCAUUUCUUCAUUGAAAAGGUUGCAAGACCAAUGUUUGAUGUUAUGAAGGGAAACAGGACUGAUACAUUGAAAGACUCUGAAGUGAACGCAGAACAAGAAAGUGGUAUUCCCAAGUUAAGUGCUUCUAACUUAUAUGUUGAGGCAAGGAAACAUUUAUGUGAGAUGCUAGAUAAUGGUGAUGAAAACACAAACAUUUCAAGCAGGCAGAUUCCCAAAACCCUUGGGAGAAUACUUUCCCUUCCUGAGUACAACUUUUCACCUGUAGAAAGUCCUGGAAGGGAUUUGGAGCAUCAUUCUGUGACUGCACAGGCAGUAUCUUCUCCCUCAGGAAAAACUAGGGAAGUUAGUGAGGAUAUUUGCUCCCCAGAACCAGCAAUCACAGUUGGUUUUCCAGCUCAGGAAACUAACAAUUCAGAAGAUAAGUCAUGCGUUUGUGAUGAAAUCUCUAAUAAUAAAGUACAAGAAAUUAAGCCAGUGUCAAAUUUCUCCAAUGGGGUUGGUCCUGUUGAUACAUCUGAAGUCUGUUGUCCUAUUAGAGAUGAGACAGUCACCGAAGAUAAUGUUGAAUCUGCAGAAGAGAAAUAUGUAUUGGAAUCAGAUCCAAAUGGCUUCAUCUUAGGAAAGGACCAGAAAAUUGAUAUCUCAGAAACUCCUGAUGGUGCAAGAUGUUCUGGAUGUUUGCAUCAGGAUGAGGAUUUAACAGAAGAGAACCAACUAUCAUCUCUACCGUCGUCUCCUCACUCUUCUAUUUCUAAGAAAAAUGAAGAGCUAGAAUGCAGGAUAGAGUUAUCUGGGAGACCGAGUCCUGUAUCUGUUCUUGAUACAUCAUUUUCAGAUGAUGACUCUGCACACUCCACAUGUCAACCUGUUAACUUGCCAGUACAACCUCUACAUAUUCAAUUUGAAGAACACGAGUCUUCUUCACCUGCAGAACAAUUUGACACAGGAAAAUAUAGUUUUGGAGAAAAUGAAUUGAUAUAUGACUACAUCAAAGUUGUCUUGCAUGCCUCUGGUUUGACAAGAGAUCAGUUGUUGGUGAAAUGCCUUACCUCUGACAAAAUACUAGAUCCUUCCCUCUUUGAUCAGAUAGAGUUCUUCUCCAACCUUCUUUGCCAUGAUCAGAAGCUCCUAUUUGACUCUAUCAAUGAGGUUCUGAUGGAGGUUUGUCAACAUUAUUUUGGGGUCUCACCUUGUGUUUCAUUAGUAAAUCCUUGCAUGAUGCCAGCUCCAAGUAUGAAAAGGCUUACUUUCAAGGUCUGGGAAGGAGUGUGCUGGCAUGUCCUUCCCUUGCCCCCACCACGCACUUUAGAGCAAAUUGUUAAGAAAGACAUGGCAAGAAAGGGAUCUUGGAUGGACCUUGAACUAGAUGCUGAAACAAUUGGUUUUGAAAUGGGGGAGGCCAUUCUUACUGAACUGAUGGAAGACACAAUUUUGAGCCUUGUGAGUGAAAGUUCUGUGAGUUUUUAAUUUCAGUUGAAGGACAAUUACAGCAACUUCCACAUGGAAAAGACUACUCACUGUCUUCUGAUCAUACAAAGUUUAAAGGAAUUCCUAUGUGUGAGGUGGAAUAGGAAUUGAUUAACAAGAACACUGGAGAGUUUUAGAGUUCUUCAAAGCAUACUUGGGACUUUGGUACUGUUUCUUUUCAUCCUACUAGACUAAUUUGAUAUUUCGUAAUAUAUUGUGAAUGAGGAUAGUCAAAUAAGGUUCAUGAUAUAUUGUGAAUGAGUAUACUCAAAUAAGGAACAAGAAGUAAAUGGGGAGCCAUUGGCAGUUGCUUCUUGCAAAAGUGAAAAAUCUAGGCUUGUUUACUAUGACAGACAAAGCAACAGGUGUGACUCAUAUCACCCAUGGAAGGGUCAAAGGUGUUUGAUUGUAGAUUUUGUAAAGUUUGAUUUGCUGAUCCCAUUAGAAGGUGUGUUAUAAUUUUGUUUGUAUCAUCUUUUGUAUAUUUGCUUUUUGGUUAACCUAUUGAUUUCACGAAGUUAUAAAAUAAUGUACACUCAGCUUUUUGUGGUUUGCAAGGGAACUGAGCAGAAAUAUGAACGACAUGCGACAACAAAAAAAAUUAGGAAGCUGUCUGAA